AUGCUGGCUUGGAGUGAUGAGAUGGACAAUAUGCUUGCUGCGCUUGAUCGUCAAGUAAAGUAUUCCUUGAAAAACAUUAAAAUGGUCUUCAAGCACAAUGGUUUAUCGUUUAAUGCCGAAUUCAAGCAGUAUUUUCUACGGACUUCGAACGAUCGGAUCAAGAAUACCUAUGAUCAAUUCCACAUUAAUUCAAUGUUGGAAGACCAAGUCAAUGCUGGUACAGACAUGAACACACCAUCAGCUGAUAGCUCCUGUAUAAUGAGCCCAAUUCAUACAAAUUCUUAUUACUUCAAUGGCAUUGGGAACCGAUUGAUGGAUCCAGUUGAAAUCCUUGACUCAAGCGAUGAAGAGGACCAGACGAGAAGUCAAACGAAUUUGAAAUCAUCAGAAACAACUUUUGCUGCUUAUCAGUAUGAAAAUGACAGCGAAGCAUCUGAAAUAAACGAGGACUUUCAAGACGAAGAGGAAGACAACUUCAUUGACGAAAUGACAAUCACCAACUUGAACACACAAAGUAUUGAUUAUUACCAAAGAGAUGUAUCACAAAGCAGCACAGACAUGGACAUCACAAUGAAAUUUGAGAAAAAGGAAGAUGACACUGUGAGUGACUAUUGGAGUACAACAAGCGAGUGCGUAUCCACUGCCGCAUCGAAGAAUCAUGGCGUCGGAAGUAAUCAUGAAGCCUUGACAAUCAAAAACAACCAUCGAUUCAAGUGUCAACUUUGUAAAUAUUUCAGCAAUCACAAGGCAAACUUCAAUUGUCACAUGCGUACUCACACCGGCGAGAAGCCAUAUGGAUGUGAUAUAUGCAGCAAAGAGUUCACAACUGUGCAGAACCUUAAGAGACACAAAAAGACUCAUACUGAACAAGUUCCAUUUCAUUGCCGAGGCUGUUCCAAUGGAUUUUUGCGAAAGGUCGAAAGAGAUGCCCAUGAAAAAUUGUGCAAAAGACGUCGAUAUGAAUGCCAUAUCUGCAAGAA